GGCUUGCCGAGGCUUCUUGUCCAUGACCCAAAGAGAUGGUGUUUCCCUGGUACUGUCGCUGUCUUUUUCCUCGAGCGCUUGUGAUCUACUGACCACGAUGAUGUCGAAGCAAAUCGACCCAGAUAUGCACAGCGUGAACAACGUGAUCUCUGCACUGGCCAGCGGUCCGAAAUGGCAAGAGGCCUUCCACAUGUUCAGCAACAUUGACCAGUUCCGCUUGGCGCCCGACCAUGUGACGCACAGCACGCUGAUCGCACAACGGAUGCGGGCCGCCGUGGAGGAAGCCCAACGAGCUCAGCUCGUGACCGGCGUGGUAGGCCUUUAAGGAUCGCUGCGUGUGAUUUUCUAAGGGAGAUGCGUCGCUCACGAGGCAGCGACCCUUUUCACGCCGAACCAUUUUGCCCGCCAAAGUUCGAAGUUGCCCGGCAAAAGCCCGAUGCCACGAUGUCCGCGGUGAAAAACAGGGGCCAUGACCCGUGGCUGCGAUGGCCUUGCGGUGGGUGGCAUCCAUCGAGGUGAUCUGAAACCCGUUUUUUCUCGGUGUGUGUCCUUCAGCAAUCAGAUGGGCAAAAUAGAUCAAAAUGGGCAUAAAUAGG